ACUCCUUGCGCCGGCCGCCGCAAGAAACCCCGAUCGGAGGCAUGCCGUGAACAGUCACAGGGACGGAAGACGGAGUAGGCUAGAAGAAGAAAACAUCCUAAACACUUUUGCUUUGCAUGUUUUGUUUUUCUACCGAGCUGCCUCCAGACCAAAAAAAAACGUUGGAAUAGCGCCAAGCUCCCGGCCACCACGUUGAGUGGAGAGCAGGAUUGAUGGGGACCGCGUUCCGACAGUUUGGAGCUCUAGCAAGGCGGACGGGCCCUGGCGCAGCACAAAUCCACCAAGGCGUAUCCAAACUCUCUUAAAGAAUUUGGAGGCCUGCCAUGGUGGAGCGCCGCUAGCUAACUGCUUGCAAAAAUGCCUGGCAAGAAAGACCCCAAGAAGGACGACAAAAAGAAGGGCGGCAAGGGCGAGCCGGAGAAAAGCAAAGAGGAAGAGAAGAAAGGGAAAGAUGUCAAGAAAGGAGGAAAGGAGGACAAGAAAGCCGCCAAGGAGGACAAGAAAGCAAUGAAAGAGGACAAGAAGGGAGGGAAGAGUGACAAGAAAGGAGGCAAGGAUGACAAGAAAGGGAAGGACAAGAGAGGAAAGGAGGAGAGGAAAGGAGGGAAAGACAAAGGGAAGGGAAAGAAAGUGGAAUCAGAAGAGGAGGAGGAGGAGGAGGAAGAGGAGGAGGAGGAAGAGCUCCUGGAUGAUGAAGAGGAAGAGGAUGAUGAGGAGUUGAGUGAAGAAGAGGAGGAGGAUGACAGGCGGGGCCGGGGGCGUGGAGGACGGAGGGCCGCGCCAACAGGGAGGCGAAGGAGAGGUGGCCAAGACUCCGAAGAAGACGAGGAGGAUGAAGAUGACGAGGAGGACGAGGAACCCAAAAAGAUAUCCAAGGACGGCCACCACCACCGCCAUAAGGAUGGGAGGUCCGAUGCCGAUCCAAAGAAGAAAGGCAAGAAGAGCGAGGAGGCCGCUCCCGUUCCCGUUCGGGAAAUCCCGAAAAAAGGUCUCAAGAACAUGUCCCGGAUGUUCAUGAAGUUUUCAGGCUUCAAGCGGCGGCGAAACAGCCGGAAGAAGCUCAAGAGCACCUCGCGCUUGUUCCUCGGCCUGGGCAAGAGGCGCAACCGACUGGCCAAGAAGAAGCGCCGCAAGUCAAUUCUGAAAAACACCUCUCGCUUCAUGAUGAGGUUCAAAGCCAGCAAGAAGAGAAAGAAGGAGGCCAAGGAGAAGGCAGCAGGCGAUGGAAAGAAGCCCACCUACAUGCUGCUGCGCCUGGGUGGAGGGGGCAACUCGUCUCAGAAGAGCGGCUUCUUCAAGGGCUUGUUUAGCAAGAAGAAGACUGGCUCCACCGCAGGAUUGAAGGGUCGGAGUACGGUGCUAGGUCGGGUUGCCGCGGCAGCCAGAUGGCUAAACGACCGUUUCGUGUUCAACAAGAUGCAAAGGCAAGCGGAGGAGGAGCAUUACUCCGAGGGACACGGCCGACGACGACAUCUCCGCGGCUACCACAACCACGGCUACGAGCAGUGGGAAGACCCCCACGGGUACGACCAAAAUGGUCACGGACAUCCGGAUUAUGCCUAUGACGGUUACGGUGACGAGAUAGCCUUUGGGGACCAAGAUCCGUACGAAGCAGGGGCAGACUACCAGGACUUGGGGUACUACGAAGAUGAGGGCAUCUACGACCCCGGUGCGGAAUAUUAUGCGCAAGGUCUUUAUGAUGAGGACACGGGGGUCUACUAUGACCCCCAUCUGGUUGCCCAAGGGUACUACAGCAACCAGGAAGCAGCGUUAUAUGGCUACCAGCAACAACAAGCCAUGCCCAUGUACAACGAAGUUGGUUUAGACUACUAUGCGCCAAUGGGUGAAGAUCCAGUGUAUGGACUUCAUCAGGCUCAGGUAUAUUACGAUGAAAAUGGACCAGCUGAUUAUUAUGACAGCAGGCAAGCAUAUUACAAUAACGUCCAUGCGGCAGCUUUGGGAAUGCACGGGGAAGUUCCACCAAACUAUCAUGAUGUUGUGGGUGUGCCCUACCAAGACUUCAACCCUCAGCAGAUGGUUGGUUUUCCACAAGGGGGCCAACAGGUCUCUGGGGGGCAAAUAAUAGACAUUCAGGGUCAGUAUGGAGAGCAGUACGUAGAUGAGCUGGAUCAGUAUGAGGUUGAAACUGGAGGGCUUCAGGGGGGCGAGACAUUCAGAGUUCCCAGACCUCAAGUGCGCCUUUUUGGAAAAGAACGGCUCGAGGUACCGCUUCCACCUCCGCCUAAUCUUCCGCCUGAUCCAGAAUUUGAAGAUAUGUCCGAUAUCCAGUACGAAGACCAGAUACCUCUCGCACCGGGACAUUUGACUGACAUGAUGUUACAGCAGCAAAUGAUGUCCCCGCAAGAACAAACGAUUAUGUCCUCUCAGCGGCUAAUCCCAGCGAUGUCACCGCAGCAGCAAAUGUUAGCGGAGCAAAGUAUGGUACCCCAAUUUCUACCACGCCAAGUCAUGUCCCCACAACACAUGUUAACCCCACAGCAAGGGAUGUCGCAUCCGAUGAUUAUUUCCCAAUCAGUGAUGACACCAGAGGAGCAAAUAGCCAUGUCACAGCAAUCAGCCAUGUCCUCACAAAUGAUGAUUCCCCAAUCAAUGAUGUCAUCAGAUGAGCAGCUGAUGUCGCAGCAGCCGAUAAUGUCGUCACAUAUGAUGAGUUCCCAUGCAAUGAUGUCACCGGAAGAACAGAUGAUGUUGCAACAGAUGGCAUCAGCCCAUCCCCAGAUGGUACCCCAGCAGGGUUAUGGCCUUCCAUCAGUUCCCACGCCAACUGCCAUGAUUAUCAAGCAAGCAAGUACGUCCCCACUUCCUGCCCGCCGCAUGCCGCAGUCUCCCAGUCCAUCCCGACGCUCGGUUGUGAUCCCUCCACCUCAGGUACUACAUCACUCCAAUCCUAUGGUACCCUCACCGAUCUUGCCACCAAGACAAAUCCCUUCCCCACAUCCAGCCAUGAGGAAUAGUACAAAUGCCCAAAGACCCCCCUCUUUCAUUUCACAACGAAUCUCUCAUCCGCCCUCUCCCGUGGCCUCCCCCCUGGCUCAUCCCAGAAUGCAACCUCAGUCCCCCUUGGCUCAGGUACCCUCACCGUCUUUUUCCCCUCGCGCUUCCUUCAUUCAGCGAAGUCCUCCACCAUCACCGAGGACCUCAAGGAUACAGCACUCUCCUCCCGGUUCCCCACGUGCAUCAAUAAGGAUGCAAAGUCCACCCGCAUCACCUGCUCCUGCCGGUAGUCCGUUUGGAGGGAGGAGGUUGACAGGACAAUCAUCUCCAGAUCCUAUAUCUCCCGUCCUCUCUCCUCAACUUAGCAGAAGACAAUCUCCGAUUCAAUCUCAGCGAGGUUUAUCCCACGAAGCGCCUCGAUCGGCGUCCCCGACUCUCUCCCGUCGCUCGACUCGGCUACUGAGGGAUCCCACACCACUAACCAGACGCAAGAUGGGUGGAAAUGUUCCCAUGGGAACUGUCAGACCUUCACCUAUGGGUCUUAGAGGGCGUCCAGUACCCCCACCCACCCAGAAUGUGCGUCCAUUCCAUGCCGGCUCUAUAAGAAGCAAUAGAUCAUCUGUACUCACCAUAGACUCUUCGCAUCAGUCUUCUCCUUUUCAGUCACCUCACUUGAUACACCGUGCACCCCUUGUGAGGCGGGAGUCUGGGCGUUUUCCUCCGCGUCCUGUAGCCCGGGGGCGUCCACUUGUUGCCCAAAACUCCUUGAGGAGGAUACCUUCACCCUCACCGAAGCACAUUUCGCAUCCCGCAUCUCCACGUGGCUCUCCUCGACACUCUCGCAUGUCCAGUCCCCUCUUGCCUGCCCACGGCGUCCAGCCACCGGACCUGUACACCUCGACCUACGUGGAUCCUUUCACCGAUCCGGUCGCUACCCCUGCUUCGCCAAUGCUGUCUCGUGCCUAUCAAAAUCAAGCCAUUCGCCAGGCUUCUUUCUCUUCUCCUUUUGGCCCCCAAGCCGACAUGGACAGAAUGUCAGCCCAAUACGCUGAACCAAAUCAUCUUUCAUCCCCUUUGCUCUCUGGUGCAAUGCAAAACCAGGCACUUCGAGACGCCUCCUACCUUUCCCCAUUGGCUCCCCGCGGGUCACCAGCGAUCCCUUCUUCUCCGCUUUUGUCCGGAGCGCUGCAGAAUCAAGCGGUGAGAGACGCGUCCUACAUUUCUCCUUUGCAGAGGCCACUAUCUCCUUACGAGCAGCCUAUUGCCCCCUCGUCCCCAAUGGUGUCCAGAGCCCUGCAAAACCAGGUACUAAGAGACGCAUCUUAUGCCUCACCUCUGCAACGGCCACUAUCUCCUUAUGAGCAGCCCAUGGCCCCUUCUUCCCCUAUCGUUUCUACAGCGCUACAAAACCAGGCACUGAGAGAAGCAUCCUAUGCUUCACCUCUACCAAGACCGUUAUCUCCCUAUGAACAGCCUAUGGCCCCUUCCUCCCCAUUGGUUUCCAGAGCGCUGCAAAACCAGGCUCUCAGAGAUGCUUCCUAUGCUUCCCCCCUUCAAAGGCCGCAGUCGCCCUACGCAGCCCCGUCUGGGCAUUCGUCUCCACUGCUUUCUGGAGCUAUGAGAUACGGUCAAGCACUCAGUGGUGUGGCUUCCUAUCCCACGCCGCAUCUCCACUCGCCAUACGGACAGACGUAUGUUACCGGGUACGAUUACAUAUCCGAGCCUGGCCCGGCACCGCUGCUGUAUGACGCUUUACAGAACCGUGGCAACUUCCAGAGCGUUACGUCUUUAAGAUCCCCGAUGAUGCAACGCCGUAACCCUUACGCUCCCGUCAGCCCCGAGCUUCACAGCGCGCUGCAGCAAAACCCAAACCUCCGCCAAGUAACCUAUCAGACUCCUUUGCAACUCAGAUCCCCCUACAAACCUCCACCCCCUUCUUCACCAAUGCUGGCAAGUGCCAUACACAAUCCCCAGUUAAUGGGGGCAUCGUACAGGCUGGCAGACGGAACCUUGUUGUCACCCUAUGCGGAACCACGUUCCUCACCGCAGCUCGGUCAAGCCUUGCAAAACCAGCAAAUCCGGGGAGCUUCGUACAUUUUGCCUGAUGGAUCAGUUAUCAGGGACCCGCGAAUUCCCCUGAAACCCAUGUCCCCUAACCUUGCCAGGGCGCUUCGGAACCAGGAUCUCAGGACAGCUUCAUACACUCUACCCGAUGGCACAAUUAUAGACCCUAAAAACCAAGCACCUGUUUCGCCAGACCUCGCUAACGCCCUAAAGAACCCCGCCUUACGUGAAGCUUCCUACUCACUGCCUGACGGUACUAUCGUCAUUGACCCGAAGAAACCAAAAUCCCCCAACCUCGCGGCAGCACUUCAGAACCCUUACCUGAAAUCGGCAUCUUACACACUGCCCGACGGUACCAUCGUCAUCGACCCGCGGAAGCCCGUCUCUCCGAGUCUCGCCAACGCCCUUCAGAACCCUACCCUCAAGAAUGCUUCCUUUAACCUCCCAGAGGGAGUUCGAGACCCCAAUAAACCCAUCUCGCCAGACUUGUUAAAGGCUCUUAAUAACCCAGCUUUGAAGGGGGCGACCUUAACCCUCCCCGAUGGAACCAUGAUUGUUGACCCAAGAAAACCAAAGAGCCCAAACCUGACCGCUGCCCUUCAAAACCUUCACCUCAAAGGCGUAUCGUACACCCUGCCUGACGGAACCAUCAUCAUCGACCCGCGCAAGCCGCUCACUCCCGACCUGUCAAAAGCUCUUGCCAAUCAAAACCUUCGGAAUGCUUCGUAUCAACUCCCUGAUGGUUCCCUGGUCAUCCCUGGUCAGCAGCCAAACCUCACCGCUGCUCUGAGGAAGAACAUGGGCCUUCGUUCUUCCGAUCUCUUUCAUCUCCCUCAAAACUCAGUGUUCACGGGAGCACCGAAACCCGACAGUCCAAACCUCUCUUCCGCCCUGAAGAACGACGAACUGCGUGGCAUCCGUUACAGGUGAGGAAGGAAACCACAAGAGAUCAGGUCAGGAAAAAUUCAACUUGAGCCACAUUUGUCCCGUAGGUUGCCGGACGGCUCCAUCCUGACAAGACGCUUCCACAAUCCCAACCUGGCCAAUGCCAUUCAAAACCAGCAGCUUCGCUACGCUUCGUACAGGCCCCCACCGGCGCUAUACGGCACGGAUUAUCGUUACGCUGCAGUCCCACCCUAUGGGCCGCACUCAGGCCACUGGGCCCGGAACGCCAGAGGCGGCGGUGAAACAGGGGAGGACGUGUGGGCUGCUGAAAGAGUUUUACCUCACGGCACGGUCCAGCAUCUGGCCAAGUGGUCCAUGUAUAGAGAGACCGGUGUGUUGGACAGCUAUUUACCCACGGCCAACGUCGAGCACGAACAGCUUCAGGAUCCAGACUGGACUCCUGUCCGAGAGAGGGAUCCUGGGCAGAGCUGGUAUGACAAGAUCUACUCUAUCUUAAGCAUGCCGACGACCGGCCACAGGGUCAAGCGCUGGGCUGAGGGCAUAGAGGACUUGACGCAGAUGCCCGAACUGAAUGAGACCACCGUCCUGCUGAACCUGAAGAAACGCUACGACCAGGAGCUCAUUUAUACGUACAUCGGCAGCAUCCUGGUCUCCGUCAACCCCUACAAGUUGCUCAACAUUUACGGCACAGACAUGGUACUGCAAUACGAAGGCCACGGCCUGAGCGACAACCCUCCUCAUAUUUUUGCCAUUGCUAAUCUCGCCUACACCAACAUGAUGGAUGCCAAAGACGACCAGUGUAUCGUGAUCAGUGGAGAAAGCGGCUCUGGGAAGACGGAAGCCACCAAACUGAUCCUGCGUUACUUGACAGCCAUACAUCACAAGCGCAACGUGGCGCAACAGAUCCAGAUUUUGGAAGCCACGCCCCUUUUGGAGUCCUUUGGCAACGCCAAAACGGUGCGCAACGACAACUCGUCACGCUUUGGCAAAUUCACCCAGCUCUGCAUGGAGGAGGGCCUAAUCAGCGGUGCCAUAACAUCUCAGUACCUGUUGGAGAAGUCACGCAUUGUCUUUCAGGCCAAAUGGGAGCGAAACUACCACAUCUUCUACGAGAUGCUGGCAGGGCUUCCCUCGCACGAGAAACGCUCACUGUAUCUGCAAGAUGCCGAGACCUACUAUUAUCUCAACCAGGGAGGUGACUGCAAAAUCGCAGGCAAGGACGACGGGGAGGACUUCCGCCGCCUGCUAAGCUCCAUGGACAUCCUGCGCUUCAGUGCUGAGGAGCAAAAGGACAUAUACCGCCUCCUCUCCUCCAUCCUCCACCUCGGCAACGUCUACUUCCAGUCGCAGCAGGCCGGAGGCGGUCAAGAGGCAGCGGCGGCGGCGGUGAGCACUCAGGAGAUACGAGUGGUCGCCGAGCUGCUGCAGGUGUCGCCUGAAGGCCUGCAGAAGUGUGUCACCUUCAAAGUCAUGGACACAGCGAGGGAAAAAAUAGCCACACCGCUCACGGUGGAAAGCGCCGUGGAUGCCAGAGACGCCGUUGCCAAGAUCCUCUACGCGCUGCUCUUCAACUGGCUGACGGAGCGUAUCAACGGACGGGUGUACCCUCGCAACGAGGCGCUCUCCAUCUCCAUCCUGGACAUUUAUGGAUUCGAGGAUCUCCAGGUGAACAGUUUUGAGCAGCUGUGCAUCAACUACGCCAACGAAACUUUGCAGUUCUUCUUUAACAAAGUCACCAUCCAGCAGGAGCAGGAGGAGUACAUGCGUGAGCAGAUCGAGUGGCGGCACCAGCCCUUCGGCCAAGACCGAGCCUGCCUGGACUUGAUCGCGGCAAAGCCUCACGGGAUACUUCGCGUACUUGACGACCAGUGCGGCUUCCCUCAGGCCACGGACCACACCUUCCUGCAGAAGUGCCACUAUCACCACGGCAACGACCCCCUGUAUGCCAAGCCCAAGAUGCCGCUGCCCGAGUUCACCCUCAAGCACUACGCUGGCAAAGUCACCUACCAGGUGACCAAGUUUCUGGACAAGAACUUUGACACGGUGCGCCAAGAUGUCCUGGAGCUUUUCAUCCGCAGCAAAAACGAAAUGGUGUCCGAGCUCUUCCUGAAGCAUUCCGAGGAAACGUCGCAGAAUCGCUCCAACGCCCGGCGCAGCAGCGCCGCUCGCCGCUUCCACCCUGGCACGGUCGGCGCCAAGUUCCAGAGCAGCUUGCAGGAGCUGCUGGAGAAGAUGGAGAGGUGUCGCCCGUACUUUGUGCGUUGCAUCAAACCAAACCAGCGGAAGGAAGCGGCAACGUUUGACUUGGAGCUGGUGAGCGAGCAGCUGCGCUACUCAGGAAUCAUGGACACCAUCCGCAUACGCAAGGAGGGCUAUCCCGUCAGAUGGACUUUUCGCAGCUUCCUAAGCAGGUACAAAGCGCUGCUCUGCUUGAAAGACGCGCCUACGCCCGACGGAGAAAACUGCGUCGUCAUGCUGAGAAAACUGGGACCCGUCAAGGUCGGCUCCUACCAGCUGGGAGUCACCAAGAUCUUCCUGAAGGAGGAUCUCCACCGGCUGCUGGAGGGCAAGCGCGAGCGCGUGCGCGACAUCGCCGCCCUCACGCUGCAGAGAUACGUGCGCAUGUACUUCAUCCGCAAGAACUUUGUGGAGUUCCGCCGCUGCAUGACGCUGCUGCAGGCCCGAUGCAAAGGCUACGUCGUCAGAAAGAAGUUUAGUCGCAGGAGGAAGUGUCUCGUCAAGUUUCGGGCCACCAUGCGAAUCGUCGUCAAUCGGCAGCGCUACUUGAGGACGGUGGUGGAGCCAGCGAGGAAGGCUGAGGAGGACCGCCUGAACCGAGAAGUGGUAAACGUGACGGUGCUGCCCAUCCCCGUUGAGUUGGCGGCGCUGCUUCAGGGGGCUUCAGGUGGCACCGAGCUGCACUCAGACUGCCUGGCGUUGGUCCAGGCUCCCAAAGUUCAGCUUGAACCCCAGCUGACCUUGCCCCUGGACAUCAACAACUACCUCAUGACUCAUUACGUCCGCGCCAUAUUUAGGGAGCCGUCCUUUGGGAUGCUGACGGCCCCUUUGGACAACUCCUUGACCCGACUGGAUCAGAACUUGAAGCAAGGAGCCCUCAAUAUCUUUCUUCUGAUUCUACGUUUCAUGGGCGACCCGGAGCUGAACGGAGCUCAGGAGAACCUCUUUGGGAAUUACAUCAUCCAGAAAGGGCUCGCCAACGCCGAGCUCCGGGACGAGAUCUUUGCUCAAGUGGCCAAUCAGGUUUGGAGGAAUCCCAACGUGCUGAAUUGCGAGCGCGGUUGGCUCCUCAUGUCCUCGUGUCUGUCCGCUUUCCCGCCUUCUCCCAGGCUGGCCAAGUACCUGCUCAAGUUUGUGUCGGACUACGGGCCGGAGGGCUACGACUCGGUGUGUCAGCACGCUCUGCUGCAGGCCAUGCACGGCGGCGACGGCUCCCCGCGCACCUACCCGCCGUGUCUGCUGGAGUGGACGGCCAAGCGCAAGAGGGCGCACACCCUCCUCCACGUGCACUGCUUGGACGGCGUGUCCGUCCUGUGUCCGGUGCACUCUUGGACCACAGGGGAGAACAUGGCCAAAGACAUCUUGCAACACAGGGGCGUGACGGAAGGCCGUCAGGGUUGGUCCGUGCUGCUCAAGGAGCCGGCGCAAUGGGUGGAGCUGGAGGGCUCAGACUACGUCCUGGACCUGAUGUCCGACCUGGAGUUGCCUGCCCUGUUCCCCAAGCACAGCAGCUACUUUAUCAUCUCCGCUCAGGAACCGGGACGCGUCCGGGCCAAUGCUAGCAUAAGUCUGCUGGGGGGCAACUUUGACAGCAAUGAUGGAUUCAUACCGUCGGCCAUCAUUGAUGGCCAGGGUAUGUUCUCCUUAGACCUGGAGCUUCAUCCAGGAAUGGAUCACUUCCUGGAUAGCCUGUUUGACCCGGUGCUGUCCGACGGGAGCGCAGACGUGGACUCGGCGGCGCUGCUACUGAGCAGGUUGAAGGGCCGCGGAGGAGUUGGGUGGCAAGAGCAAGGCCCUUCAGGCGGCCCCCCGCCUCCACCUGGCGCUGUUCGUGUGCUUCCCGUCGGCGGCGUGAUGUCACUUCCCUUUGCGGCCCCCGUGUCCAGCCCCCCGAGCUCGCCCAUCACGAGCCCCCCCUCCAGUCCCCUGCUCCAGCACCCCCCCAGCCCGUACGCCGCCGACAUCCCGCCGAGUCCGUACGCCAACGUCCCGCCCAGCCCGUACGCCAACUUCCCAGCGUCUCCCUACGCCGACGUGGGCCCGCCGUCCCGCUCGUACCCUCCCACGUCCGAGCCGGACCCUCAGACGGCCGACGGUCAAAAUGACAGAAGCGGGAACACUUCACCGCCACAGGCUGCGUCUCAUGACGUGAAAAGGGACAGCGGUCCUCGGAGGAAAGCUCCUGGAAUUCCCAUCAAUCAUGACAAAGCGGCCAAAACGUUUGCCCCCGUGGCCACGUCUCUUGCCCCCCCUGCUGGCGAAGUGGUGAAGUACUCUGCUCGGAUUUCUGAUCAGAUCGUGCCUAGUCAGGAUAUUCAAGAAAUUAUCAAGCGGUACAACUCGCCACCUCCCCCGAUGGAGCCAUCUGCCCCCGGAAAAAGGAGACCAGAGGGUAAAUUUAAGAAGAAGCAAACGGCACGCGAUGAAGCUUUGCAGAUCUUAAAACCACAGAUGGACAACCGUCCUGAUCCGCAGCUCAAGCGGCCUGUGGCCCCGCCCCCCUCUGCAUCCGCCGUUCCCAAGACCACUUCCCAGCCCACCGACAACACAAAGAGCAGAGCGCCUCGUCGUCCGGUGCCGGUCCCGCCGUCAGUUUCUCGAGAGCUUCCGGUGGAAUCGGAGAGCAUCCAGACCAAAGUGCACCGGAACGCCAAUCAGGAACACUACACCUACACCAACGUUGCAUGGAAACUCUACCUGAGGAAAGAGGUCUUCUAUCCCAAGGACAGCUUCAACAAUCCGCUGGUGCUGGACCUCAUUUUCAAACAGAUCGUCAACGACACCCUGUCAGAGGCGUGCGUCCGCAUCCGCCGCGAUGAAAGGCAGCGGAUGAAAGCUCUCUUUGAUGAACACGGGGUGCAACCCAACACGGAUCCGGUGGAGGAACACGUGAAGAAACGCAUCGUCGCCGCCGCCACGGACACCUGGGAAAUCUACUUCUCCCGACUCUUCCCGGCAUCGGGAAGCGUGGGAACGGGCGUGCAGGUGCUGUCGGUGUGGCAAGGCGGCAUCAAGCUGCUGAAGACGGUGAAGAGCAGCGCCGCAGCUCCAGACUACUUCCGAGUCCUGCAAGCGUACACUUUUGCCGACAUCCUGUUUGUGAGCAUCCCCUCGGAGAACAUGCUGGAGUUCAACCUGAGCAAGGAGAAGCUGGUCUUGUUCUCGGCCAAGGCGCCGCAGGUGAAGCGGCUGGUGGACGACUUCAUCGGCCAGAUUAAGAAGGACUCCCGGUACGCCAUCGCCGAGCGCAACUUUGUGGCCGAGCGGCGACACCUGCUCAACUUGCACAAGGGCGACGUGGUCCGGCUGCAGGUUCUGGACGGCCUGGAAAAAGGUUACAGUUAUGGCUGUGUGGUGAGGAAGAAGGUGGUCUUCUUGGAGGAGCUCAAGAAGGACACCCAGGACUUUGGUUGGAAAUUUGGCGCCGUGUUUGGUCGUUCCGGCGCCUUUCCGUCCGAGUGCGUCCACCCCGUGGCGCCUCCCGACUUCCUGUCCCUUCCAUUGGACCGCAAGGCAGAACCCCGAGGCGGGGCGGAGCGGUUCGCCGGCUCGUCGGCCGUGGCCGUCGCCGUGGCGUCUGCCGCGGCCGCACACGAGAUAGAUCAGACCAUCGAGAGGCUUUCUCCGGAUGGCUCGGACGGAGACGAGACGACGCUGCAGGACAGUCAAUACGACAUGCUGGAGUUUGCCAGGAAGUAUUUCAGACAGGCCGUCCCUGGGAGCGGGGACUCUUUGAAGAAUAGGAACAAGAGCCGAGUCUCCAGGGAGCCUGAGGAGAUGAUCAAGUUCUCCAAGAUUCCCCUGAGCGAGUCCCUCAUCGAGCUCACCGAUCCGGCCAUGAACCGAGUGGCGGCGGACCUUUUCCUCUCGGUGAUGCGCUUCAUGGGGGACGCGCCGUUAAAGGGGCUGACGGAGCAGGAAGUGGUCAGCACCUUCCUUAAGUUGGUAGGAGAGUUCACCGUGAUGAGGGACGAGGCCUACUGUCAAGUGCUCAAACAAAUCACAGCCAACAGCAGCUCCAAAGCUGAGAGCUGCCAGCGAGGGUGGAGGUUGCUCUACAUCCUGACGGCGUUCACUCGCUGCUCGGCCGUGCUCAAGCCCUUCCUGCUCAAAUACCUGACGCAGGCCUCCCUGGGCGCCGGGGUGCAGUAUCAGGGGAUGGCCAAGGCGUGCCAGCAGAACCUGGACAAAACGUUCCAAUACGGCGGCCGCUGCGUCCCACCCAACAACAUGGAGCUGAAAGCCGUGAUGGCUGGCAGAAGCUCCAAGCGUCAGCUGUUCCUCUUUCCGGGAGGCCUGGAACGCCACGUGAAGAUCAAAACGUGUUCCGUUUCCCUGGAGGUGAUGGAGGAGCUGUGCUACGAGAUGGGCCUGCUCAGGUUGGAGGCCAUCCAGGAGUACGCCAUCUUUUUGGUCACCGACGGAGGUCAGAACGUGCGUCCGCUCAGCAAACACGAGUACAUCCUGGACGCGGCCACCCAAGCCGAGCUGGUGGACAACAACUACAGCUUCUGGUUCCGACGCGUGGUCUGGACGCAGCCGCUGAAAUUUGACAACGAGCUCUACGUCACCAUGCACUACAACCAGAUCCUUCCGGACUACCGCAAAGGUCUCCUGAACGUUCUGCCGUCAGGAAAAGUUAGCGAUCAACAGUUCCAUCAGAUUUCCAAGCUGGCCGCCUUGCAGCACAGAGCCAAAGACAACGUCUUCAUCCCGAGCAUACACGAGCUGUCGGAGUACAUCGCGGCGCCGCUUUUCAAAAAGCAGCCACCGCAGCAGUGGGUUGCCAUGGCCACGCAGCACAUGCAGCAGGUCCAGAGCCUCAGCCCGCACCAGGCCCGAGCACAGUUCAUGGGACUGGUGAGCGCGUUCCCCAUGUUUGGCUCGUCCUUCUUCUACAUCCACAGCAGCAGCUCGACCUCCUUCUACGCCCCCUGCAUCGUUGCUGUCAAUCAAAACGGUCUCCACUUCCUGCACAAAAGCACACACGACGUGAUGGCAGUGGUCCCUCUGUCCGAGGUGCAAUCCAGCCGCACGCAGAGGCCCUCUGCCGGGGCCAGCUACCCGUACGUGGACCUGGUCCUGGGUGACACGGACACACAGCGCCUCAUCCAGCUGCAACUCGAGCAGGGGCUGGAGCUGUGCCGAGUGGUCGCCAUGCAGGUGGAGAAUAUGAUGUCAUGGCGCCAGAAGCAGCUCACGCUGCCGCCCAGCGAGAUCACUGUGUUGUAGUGCUCCACAGACCAGACCAUGCUAAAAUCUUGGUAUUUUUCUUCAUUGCACUUCAAGCUGCUAUGCAAAAAAAAAAAAAAAUUGCUUAGCUCCUUUAUGUGGCUAAUUAGCAAGCGUGCCUAAUGCUGCGACUGGCAAAUGUGUACAUGUAUUAAAUAUUGUAGCAUUACUAGAAACUUGCUAACCAAAGAUCAAAGUGUGUCACUAUAUUUUCUACAUACUACAGUUUUACAUGAUAUACAUUUUGUAUGUUUUUUUUGCCAUUUUUUAAAGACAAAAUGUAUGUUAUUUUGUUUAAGAAAAUGAUAUUGCAUGUUCAAUAUGUAAUGUUUUAAUGCAAAAAAAAAGUAAAAGUUCA